AUGGAUCCACGACAGCAAUAUAUUCCACCACCUCCUCCACUAUCUCAGAACAACCAACCUCAUAUGAUCCCGUUACCCCCACCUCCUCCAAGACCAUCAGCACAACAACAUGGUUUAUUCCCUCCGCCGCCACCAGGGCCGCCCCCCUCCGCUUAUCCAGGGUCGAACCAACGGCCAAUAUGGCCACCUCCCCCGCCGAUGAUUCACCCGUCUUUAAUCCCUUCGAACCAAGCGUACGGCCGUCAACAGCCCACUCCAUUGUCGAUUCCCACCCAACCUGUUCCACCUCCGCCAUCUGAAGUACUGCCGCUAACUUCGGCUACAUAUAUACCUGUUGGAGAAUCUUUUGGGCCAGGCGUUGGUAUUCCCCCGUUAUACGAUAAUUACGGACCAUCAACAACUGUGCAGCCUUCAAACCAGCCCUGGGAAAGUGCUCCUGUGGAUAAAUCUUCAAGGAGAGAUGGUAACAUUCCGUCUACUCCAUCGGCCCGACACUUUCCACCAUCACUUACGCUAGGAAAUGACAAUUCUGAAGCCGCGUCACCAGGUUUUGCAACUUAUCAGAAUUACAACAACGAACCGGCGCGAACGUCCAGCCACAAACACAAUGCCAGCAAUACUUCUCUUGGGCGGGUGUCCGCUGGCGAAUCUACUAUGAAUUGGCCACUAGAGCGAGUCAUUAAUUGGCUUGUUAGGAAAGGGUUCUCCAAGGAUUGGCAGGAGACUUUUAAAUUCUUGGAGCUAGAAGGUGCCGAUUUUCUUGGACUUGGUCAAGGAGCAAAUGGACGCGGGAACCUUGGAAAGCUGCAUCAGCAGGUUUACCCCCAAUUGGCAAAAGAAUGUCAGAAGAGUGGCAGUGGCUGGGACCAAGCUCGAGAGCAUAGAGAAGGAAAGCGUAUGCGGCAACUUAUUCGCGAGAUACAGGACAACGGGAACGAAGCAUCUUCGCAGACUCACAGGCGACGAGAGUCUCAAACUAUGAUAACCAGUGCUUCUACCGAAGGAGGGUUGGAAAACUCCCCGAAUCUGGGAUGGGAGUCCACUUUUCCCUCUGGGCCAGCCAUCAUGGAGUCCAGCUAUAUUCAACACCCUGCCCACCGACAAACACCAAACACUGGUGGAAAGCAAAAUAAUCAGACACGACCCGGAGCAGCUCCCUUUUCGUAUAGACAAGAUGCAAUCGAUGGUGACUCGCGCUCUGAAUUCACUCGGCAUGCGCUUGGUAGCCUGGAAACUUUCCGAAAACAAAGCCCUUCUUCACCUAGUGAUAAUGGCCCGUUUAGACCUCCGUCAUCGAAAGCGUAUGAAGGCAGUCCCCAAAGUGGUAGUCCGGCCAUGCCAUUCGCUGCACCCCUUUACUCAGGUCCAGCGUCAUCGUCUACGGGUGAUUUACAUGCUAGGUUUGAACAUCACAGAGGAAAUAGUGCGGACUCCACUGGCCAUGGAUCUUCCACUAUGGGACGUUUCUAUGAAGGCCAAAAGCUCGCCACCAAUAAUGCCCGUCCCGCUACCCAGGAUUCCAAGGAUAACCAAAAGGGCUUCUUUACUAGCAUUUUUAAGAAGAAAUCUAGGUGUCACGACUCUUCGCACCCCUCUCCAGAAGAUCAGUCACUGGACUCUCCAACGAGCCCUUCUCAUAUCCGUCACAGCGGCUUAAAUAGCCCAUUCAUCAAAUCAUCAAAUAACAACAGUGAUAUAUCCUUGGGGGACCGUCCUCCAUCUUCAUCGUUUUCUGAUCAUGAAAGAAUACUCCGACCAAAUUCUGUUACGAAACAUAAAAAGUAUGUGUUUGCGACUUUGGAUGGGUGGAACUAUCGCCUCGUGGAUAUUACCGAUGUCGAGACAGCCGACCAUAUUCGGGCUGUUAUUUGUCAAAAUUUGGGUAUCGCGGAUUGGCCUGGUGCUCAGAUCUUUGUUACCGAGCCCGGACGAGUCAAUCACGACGAACUUCUCGAUGACUCGGUGCUUGUUCUUAGCCGACGAGCGCGGUCCGACUCCCUGGGUUCUUUGAAGCUAUACGUUCGUGGCAACAUAUCAGCAGGCUCUGCUGGGUUAGGUGUGUCAUUUCCCGAUAAAAUUUCGUCGCCUCUAUCUGGGCAUCAAAGGAAUGUGCUGCAAACCCAGGUGCAAGCGAACCCUCCCCUAGGAUCACGUCAAUCGACUUUGAAAGCAAGUUCAGGUCAACCAUCACCGUCUUUGCAGGCCCCAUCUUCAAGCGACAUUGGCCAGGACGCUGAACUUACAGCAAGAAAAGAAGAAUACGAUCGUGGAGUUGAGCGCAAACAGCAGGCCUAUUUUAAGUCAAAGCAGCCUCAACCAUGGCAGCCGCGCAAAGACAGCCGUGGCGAAAUCGGCUUUCGAAACGACGAGGUUAUUGACUUUGACCAACCGAGAACUUCUCCAUAUGAGGAUAAAAAACAUUAUGGUCCUAUACCUGUUCGACCAGCACCAUCUGCUCCUUCUGAGUCAAACACACUUACGAAAGUAAACUCAUUAACUAAAUCACGAGCUCCAGAUCGUGAUCGGGCGUCGUUGAAGAAACAGCAUGAAAUGUCCAAGUACAAAUUGAUUCAAGAAGAAGGCAGUAUUGGGUCAUCUGAUAAUCAUUCGGUGAAAUUUUCCGGGACUAGAAAGUCUCCCUCCAUCACUUCUACCAGGUCCCCUUCUUCAGCAUCACAAUUUAGCAUUCCUCGGAGACCUUCAUCUAGUGUUUCGUCCUUGGCCAAACCGCCAUCUCUGGCAAGUCGGAAAUCAUUUGGGCCGGAGUAUGACUUUGAAGAAACCAAAGUUGAUUUUGAUACACCCCACACUCCUCAGUCGAGCUCUGAUGAUGACUCUGAUGACGGCCUUUUUGCAAAGCCGCUAUUGACAAGCAAACCGCAGCCUAAGGGCAAAGGCUUGGAAUCAGCAGAAACAUCCCCGAAAGCCCGAAAGCCUUCUUUAUCUGUGAACACAUCCACAAGAUCCAAUAAAGGUCGGUCCGUGACUUUCAAAUCUCCCGGCGCCAAUGAUGUACAAUCUAUCGGUCCGCCGUACCCUAGCUCCGCAGUUUUUCCAAACGAUCCGCGCUCCGGUUUUGAUGGAAAUGGAGCAACUUUUCCAAGCACAGGGCAUUCGCCAGAAGAGGAAAAGCCUCGCAGGAAUUCCUCCUUUGCAACAAAUGUUUGGGCCAGCAGACCUCCAGUCGAAGGCGUCAUCAAUAAUCUUGACGAUUUCUUCCCCAAUAUUGAUCUCGACGAGCCAUAUCUGGAACCAUCGGGAGCUUCUCCGCCAGUGUCUCCAAUAAACCCAAUGGCCAAAGACCAAUCAGGACCGUCGUAUCAGCAACCUUCUUCGAGCGCAAUUCCUAGUGGGUAUGAUAUCCCAGCGCCGUAUGAGCCACCGUUGAAAAAUUCCGUCGCGAGACGCAACAUGGAAAAGGCCGGCGGCUUGUCUCGUAUGAAGUCUAUUCGAGAGGUUGCGCAAGGCGCGCAACAGCAAGUUAAGCGCAAUAAGACUGUUGUGGACCAGAGUAAUAAAAAAUCAGGCGAAAUACUCCGGCGGAAAAGUACGAAGAUGUUUGGUGCAAAGAUCAUGCAAAUCAGUCCCAAGCCUGGCAGUCGUUUGAGCCAACUAGAACCAAUUCCCCAGAAUGGAUUACCCGCAGAAAAUGUUCCGAAGCGGCAACAGACGUUCCGUAUCAUUCGUGGUCAACUCAUUGGAAAGGGAACAUACGGACGAGUCUAUCUUGGCAUGAAUGCAGACACUGGUGACGUUCUUGCUGUUAAACAAGUAGAAGUUAACGCAAGAAUAGCUGGUCAAGACAAGGAUCGCAUCAAGGAAAUGGUGGCUGCCAUGGAUCAAGAAAUCGACACUAUGCAACAUCUCGAACAUCCAAACAUCGUUCAGUAUCUUGGUUGUGAGCGUGGUGAGCUGUCUAUCUCGAUCUAUCUCGAGUAUAUUUCCGGUGGAUCCAUUGGCAGUUGUCUGCGAAAGCAUGGUAAAUUCGAAGAAUCGGUGGUCAAGUCGCUCACACAACAAACACUAAGCGGGCUGGCUUAUCUUCACGAUCAAGGUAUUUUGCAUCGGGAUCUAAAGGCAGACAACAUUCUUCUUGACCUAGAUGGCACCGGCAAAAUCUCCGAUUUUGGCAUAUCAAAGAAGACCGACAAUAUUUAUGGAAACGAUGCAUCCAAUUCCAUGCAAGGCUCCGUGUUUUGGAUGGCACCAGAAGUUGUACAAUCCCAGGGUCAAGGCUACAGCGCCAAGGUGGACAUUUGGUCCCUCGGGUGUGUGGUUUUGGAAAUGUUUGCUGGACGUCGGCCUUGGAGUAGGGAAGAAGCAAUUGGAGCCAUCUUCAAACUGGGUAGUUUGAGUCAAGCGCCGCCAAUUCCAGACGAAGUGGCUGUGAAUAUCAGCCCUGCGGCACUAGCAUUCAUGUACGAUUGCUUUACAAUUGACACAUUCGACCGCCCAACUGCUGAGAUUCUCCUCUCCCACCCAUUCUGCGAGCCCGAUCCGAACUACAAUUUUGAGUCAACGGAAUUAUAUGCAAAGAUCAGCGACGUCCUCUGA